AUGGAGAGGAAGCUUUGUCCGACAUCUCCCCGGACACUACGCCACCCAAUGAAGAAAUGGAUGAGCAGAAGACAGAUAGGGAAAGGAAGAAUCAGAGCUCGACAGGCUUGGCACAACCACGCCCAACACCGCAAGGAAGAGUGGCAGUGGUAUCAGUUGGCUUGUCGAGACAUUGAACGACGACACUUGGCUGCAGAGGCAGCAUAUGAACAGCUUCUACGGGAUGAAGAAGCAGAACGACAAUGCCAAUACCAUGAUGCCGUCAGAGCCUCUACAUCACGCAACCUUGAGCUUGAGUUCAUGGAAGUAGCUGGCCACAGGGUCUUCACUACGCCCUAUGCAAAUGUCUAUGCCCUAGUAGAAGUGAUGGCAGCCAUAGAAAACCCUACUCUAGAUCAGCAAUGA